AGUACGCUCCGUAUUUUUUUGGGGGGGAGUAUAUAAUCAUAAAUAACCACCCCACACUGCGCCUCCAUCUCCUCCCUCUCUUCUUCUUCAUCUUCUCUCUCCCACAAUCUCAACAAAUCCUCGAGAUUUCCGGCGAUGAAGAAGCUGAUUCGCCGAUUAUCCCGCGUCGCUGACUCGUCGCAGUACAGCCUGCUCCGGUCCGAGGCGCGGGCGGCGGCGCCGUCUCGAUCCCGGCGGUUCGAGUCGUUCAGGACGAUAAAGCUCAGAUCUGGCUCGAUCGGAGUGCCGGAGGGGCACCUGCCGGUGUACGUCGGGGAGGAGAUGGAGAGGUUCGUCGUGAGCGCGGAGCUGCUCAACCACCCCGUCUUUGUCCGCCUCCUCAACCAGUCGGCGCAGGAGUACGGUUACAAGCAGCAAGGCGCUCUCCGGAUCCCCUGCCACGUCCUCGUCUUCGAGCGCGUCCUCGAUGCUCUCCGCACCGGCGCCGUCUCCUGCGAUCUCCUCGAUUCUCUCUCCGGCGACCUCGUGUACGCCUCCUGCCACCACCUCAAUUGAUUUCCCUCUCUAAUGUCACCAAGAAUCGCCAGUCGGUGCAAAUUUGUUUCCUUCUUAAACAUACGGAAUAGACCACCGUUCUCAGUCUUUGUCAGAAUGAAACCCUCGCAGACAUAGAAGGAAACUCUAUGGUCUUAUCGCUCGCUAGGAACCGUUUGCCGGAUACCAUGGACUGGCCAAGGGUUUCCAAUGUUGUCACGGCGGCAACAAUUGGGUUUUGCAGGGAUGAAGACAGCUGCAGCCUGGUAGGUUUGCUGUUUACAUCGUUUCAAUUUCAAUUUUAGUUUAAGUUUUCAUUUAAAAUGAUAUCUGAGAUUAUUUUGAUCUUUCUUCCAUCCAAACAUGCAUGGAUUGAGAUCUUGGACACGGUUCUUAAGAGAGGUUGACAAAGCUUGAGAACACAGGCAGUAACUUUAGGUAAUAAUCACAACAUGUGUUCCGAUCUGAUACUAAAACUGCUUGGGACUGAUUGAAGUAUCUAUUGCAAAACUGAUGCAUGAUGACCAACAAGUCAUAGAGCAUCAACAAGCAUCAGCCACCAUGAUGAACCCUGAGGUGUGGGAUUCCAGGCUAGCCCAUGAUGAAUAAUAAUAAUGGGUCAAAGGGAUGUUUUUUUUCAUCUUUUCUCAGAUCUAACUUCUCUACUUUGUCCCACAGGAGUAGUUAUGGCAAGUUACUGUCGAACACGAACGAAAUGAGUGAAUUCAAGAUGGAGAGUGGAUUGGAUCAUCGUGAUAUAAAUGUGGUGAUGAUGUAGAAUCAAGUGAUGAUUAGAGGGAAAUGAUGAUGAUUGGCGACAUCAAGGGUUUGUGUGGCUCAUCAUACAGCAGUCAAGAGAAUGGUCAAUCACACUUGACUUAGGGAUCAGAAAGGGGAUGAAGAUGAUGGUAAGUAGAUGAGGAACGUGAAGGGUCAUCAAUUCAAAAGAGGAUUGUUAGCAAAAGGCUCUAUGCUCUUUGUAGAUUGGUCUCAAGCAUUUCCAGGGUCCAUUUUUCAUUUCUUAAAUUUUCUCCCCCACAAAUCGAUCGAUAUUAGGAGAACUAGAUAUAGUUCAGUACUUUGAUUGAAUUUGUUUUAUUGUUAGAUUCAAGUAUUACACAAUUUAUGGUUU